AUGGGCCUUGCAUACCGACGAAGGACAUUCCUACGAGUGGGAUCGCCAUCUCAACAACUCCAUGCUGAAUGGAAAUCCUACCAUAGUACGCUCGAAGUGCUGUCAAAUAUCCGGAUUCCAAGGUGUGUGUUCCUGGCCAACGCUGUGUCUAUCCAACUACAUUUUUUCUCCGAUGCAUCGGAAAAGGCCUACGGUACGUGUUGCUACGUCCGUUGCGAGUCUUCCAACGGAAUCAUACAAGCGCGACUACUGACGUCAAAGUCUAAAGUUGCCCCGCUAUCAAAGCUUCAAACCAUCGCCCGCCUCGAGCUGUGUGGGGCGGUCCUGUCAACCAAACUCUACAAGAAGGUGCAAAGUUCCAUCAAAAAGCCAGUCGAAGUGUUUUUCCACGUCGAUGCUCUGAACUGGCUGCAAUCCUGCCCAACCCGCUGGAAAACAUUUGUGGCAAAUAGGGUGUCCACAAUCCAAGCAUCUACCGAUGUGAAUUCCUGGAGACACGUUCCCGGAGUCUGCAAUCCAGCUGACGUCCUUUCGAGAGGUCUUAGCCCCACCGAGCUUGCAAGCUGUUCGUUUUGGUGGAAUGGUCCGCCAUGGCUAUCGCUUCCGCCUUCUAAUUGGCCGCAAAUCGACAUCCCAUCCGUUGAUCCCUACAGUUUACCCGAAGCAAGAAGCAAGGCCCGCGCAGUAAUGAUCACCACUGCCGAUCCCAAGUUCACCGAAGAGCUGUUUAGCCGUUUCUCCAACUAUUCGAAGUUACGCCGUGCUGUCGCCUAUUGGCGAAGAUAUUUCCGUGUUUUGCAAGCUAUUUCCAAGAAGAAGAAGCCGCAGCCGUUCGAGUUCCUCACUACUGAAGAUUUGCGUGAUGCAGAUGUCGCUCUAUGCCGCCUUGCGCAACAAGACAUGUUCCCUGAUGAAACUGCAGAUCUUGCCUCGAAAGAACGUGUAUCGCCGUCGUCACCAUUGAAGUGGCUAAAACCAAUCCUCCACCAUGAUGGACUCAUCCGAGUUGGGGGACGCCUCAGUAAUGCUUCUAUACCCAUUGAAGUGAAACAUCCGAUAGCCCUGCUAGCCAAACAUCCACUUUCCAUUCUACUGGCUGGAGAAUUCCAUCGAAACCUUCUGCAUGCCGGCCCGCAACUCAUGCUGGCCACGAUCCGACAACGAUUUUGGAUUAUCGGUGGCCGAAACCUAGUUCGUCAAACGUAUCACAAAUGUCUCCAAUGUUUCCGUAAUAAGCCGAUCCUGGUCCAGCAAAGCAUCGCUGAUUUGCCAACCUCUCGUGUAACACCAACUAGGCCAUUCGCCGUGUGUGGUGUAAACUAUUGUGGGACCAGUCUAUAUUAA